CAAAAUUAAUGAAAUCAUUCCUCUGUUAACCAUUUUCUAGUUGGUUCCUCUGUUUUCUUUCUUUCUUUCUCCCUUACCCAAGUGACUUCUACCUUCCCUCUAAUUUUCAACCAUCAUUCCUUCUCAUCAAUGCCGAACCAAUAAACCCCAACCGCCACCAUGAGAGUUUCCUCCACGGCGGGCUCGCCUCACGCCGACGACCACCACCGCAUUUCCACCCUCGGCCACCGCGAUGCCGAGUCUCUCUUCCGCUCCAAACCCAUCGCCGAGAUCCGCAACACCGAGUCCCUCACCCGGAAGCAGAUCGAUGACAAGCGUGAGGAGCUUCGCCAGCUCGUCGGUAACCGCUACCGCGACCUCAUCGACUCCGCUGACUCCAUCGUCCACAUGAAGUCCUCCUGCACCUCCAUCUCCGCCAACAUCACCGCCGUCCACGAUCGAAUUCGAUCCCUCUCCCUCUCCCACUCCCAAACCUCCCUCCACUCCCAAACCAACCUCCAUUCCCAGUCCCGCGCCUCCACCUACGGCGUCGCGUGCCGCGUCAAGUACCUCGUUGACACCCCUGAGAAUAUCUGGGGCUGCCUCGAUGAGGCAAUGUUCCUCGAGGCCGCUUCUCGAUACGUUCGUGCCAAGCAUGUGCAUCACCGCUUGUUCAUUGAUUCGGAUGAUCACAAUAUCAAGAUCUUGAACAAUUUCCCGCUCCUGCAGCAUCAGUGGCAGAUUGUUGAGAGCUUCAGGGUGCAGAUCUCGCAGCGCAGCCGCGACCGGUUGCUAGAUCGCGGCCUAUCGAUCGCCUGUUACGCGGAUGCACUCGCUGCCGUCGCGGUUAUUGAUGAGCUCCAGCCUGAGCAGGUGUUGGGCUUGUUUCUGGAAUCGAGGAAGUCGUGGAUUUUGCAAGUGUUGGGUAAUGCUGGUGCUGGUGAUGAUUCGUCUUUAGUGGUUUCGGUAUUGUGUGAUGUGUUGGGUAUAAUUCAGGUCACUGUAGGUCAGGUGGGUGAGUUGUUUCUGCAGGUCUUGAAUGAUAUGCCCCUGUUCUAUAAAGUUAUUCUGGGAUCUCCUCCUGCGUCGCAAUUGUUUGGUGGGAUUCCCAAUCCUGAUGAGGAAAUUAGACUCUGGAAGUCGUUUAGAGAUAAACUGGAAUCGGUCAUAGUAAUGCUUGAUAAAAAAUACAUUGCUGAUACCUGUUUUACUUGGUUAAGGGAAUGCGUAGACAAGAUAAGUGGAAGAAAUUUGAUCAAUGCCAUUGAUAGUGGCCGAGAUCUUGCUUCUGCUGAGAAAUCAAUUAGGGAGACAAUGGAAAGUAAACAAGUUCUACAAGGGAGUCUAGAAUGGCUCAAGAGCGUUUUUGGAUCUGAGAUCGAGUUGCCUUGGAGUAGGAUUCGGGAACUUGUUUUGGAAGAUGACUCGGAUCUUUGGGAUGAGAUAUUUGAGGAUGCUUUUCUUAUUAGGAUGAAAGCAAUCAUUGAUUUGAGAUUUAGGGAGCUAACCAAUGCUGUUGACGUGGUUAACUCAAUUUCUUCAGUAAAUGAUUCUUUCACCAAGCAGAAUGAUAUUCUGGGGUACUUGAACAGACUUUCUGCGGCUGGUGGUGUUUGGUUUCUGGAAUCCAAUGCCAGAAAAACUGGAGUUGCUUCAGGGUUUAAAGUUCAGCCUGAAGAGAAUGAAUUUCAUUCUUGUCUUAAUGCCUAUUUUGGUCCUGAAGUAAGUCGAAUCAGGGAUGUAGUUGACGUUUCUUGUAAGAGCAUCCUUGAGGAUCUUUUAAGUUUCUUAGAAUCCCCGAAGGCCUCCCGAAGAUUGAAGGAUCUGGCACCGUAUCUGCAAAGUAAAUGUCAUGAAAGUGUGUCUGCGAUAUUGAUGGCAUUGCAAAAAGAGCUUGAUAGUUUAUAUGGUUCAAUGGAAAAUGGUGACAAGGAGGUGCCAACAACUGUUACUGUUGAAAAAUCCAUCUUCAUCGGAAGAUUAUUGUUUGCAUUUCAAAACCAUUCUAAACAUAUACCCUUGAUACUUGGUUCUCCCAGAUUCUGGGCAAGUGGGAAUGCGUCUGCAGUUGGAAAAUCACCAUCUCUCGUGAAGCAUUCUCGAUUUGGAUCUGAUUCUUCUCUCUGUGAUAGUCCAGGAAGACAAUUAAGCCUUGGCUCUAAAAGACAAAAUUCAUCUGCUGCGGCUGCCUUGCUUGGAGCAAAAGAAGGUGCAAGCCAUGAAUUGGAAGAACUGAAUAGGAUUAUUGGGGAUCUUUGUAUUAGAGCCUACAACUUGUGGAUAUUAUGGCUGUCAAAUGAACUUUCUGCUAUUAUCUCUCAGGAUCUUCAGCAAGAUGAUGCCCUGUCAUUGAGUACAUCUUGGAGGGGAUGGGAGGAUAUCAUAGUUAAGCAAGAUCAGGCUGAAGAGAACCAAUCAGAAAUGAAAAUAUCUCUUCCAUCCAUGCCUUCUUUGUACAUCAUGUCAUUUCUAUUUAGAGCGUGUGAAGAAAUUCAUCGAGUUGGUGGUCAUGUACUUGAAAAGAAGAUUUUGCAGAAACUUGCAUCAAGAUUGUUGGAAAAGGUGAUUGAAAUCUUUGAGGAUUUCCUUUCCACUGAAAAGGGUGGUGCUCAUCAAGUGUCAGAAAAAGGAGUCUUGCAGCUUUUGUUAGAUGUCAAAUUUGCCACUGAUGUUCUCUCUGGUGGGGAUUCAAAUGUGGUUGGGGAGUUAUCCAGUAACCCAAAGGCAAAGUUUUCUUUCAGAAGAAAGCAGGAGCCAAGUUUGACAGUGUCAGCCAUUAAAGAACGUUCUAAUCAGCUGUUGAAUCGUCUUUCUCAGAGAUUGGAUCCGAUUGACUGGCUUACGUAUGAACCAUAUCUCUGGGAGAAUGAGAGGCAGUCGUACCUACGACAUGCUGUCCUCUUUGGUUUCUUUGUGCAACUUAACCGGAUGUACACAGAUACUGUACAGAAAUUGCCGACUAAUUCAGAAUCUAAUAUCCUGAGGUGUUCUACGGUUCCCCGGUUUAAAUACCUCCCCAUCAGUGCUCCAGCAUUGUCCUCUAGAGGGACAAAGAAGACAUUUACUCCAUCUUCAAAUGAGAUCUCUUCAAGAAGUUCAUGGAAUUCUAUUACAAAUGGUGAACUUUCUCCAAACAUGAAUUUGGAUGAUAGCUCAAGUCUAGGGGUGGCAGCACCAUUAUUGAAGUCUUUCAUGCAAGUUGGAAGCAGGUUUGGGGAGAGUACCUUUAAACUGGGAUCUAUGCUAACUGAUGGGCAAGUUGGCAUUUUCAAGGACAGAUCUGCAGCUGCUAUGUCCACAUUUGGAGAUAUUUUACCUGCUCAGGCAGCUGGUCUUCUUUCAUCUUUUACAGCUCCAAGAUCAGAUUCAUGAUGUUCCAGUUCAAGGAUUGAAAAGCACCCACAUGCUCUUUUGCAAAGUCUGGUUAUAGAAACGUGUGAUAUCUAAUAAAAUCCCCCACCACUCAUGGCACUGCUCUGAUCAGAGAAUCAUUAGAAUCAUAUUUGCAGCUCCCCAAAUAUUCAAAAUAACUGAAGCAAAUGGAACAAUGAACUCUGGGGAUGAAGGUUCUUAAUAUUUGAAUACUGUGGUUAGCAUGUUUCAUUAUUUGGUUACGGAACGGUUCUGAAUUGUGAUAAAUGACCAGAGUGUAAGCAUGAAGGAACUCAGCUACAGAUCGAAGAGCGAAAAUAGUGUUGAUGGCAGGCAGAUUCAUGUUCGCAUGUCAUAUAUGGUUCAAGGUGGGAAUGGGUUCUUGCUAAUGACUGCUGUGUUGCAUUAUACUAAUUUUUGGCCUGUCUAUAGUUUACAUAAAUUCAAUCAAAUUAUCAUCUAUUAGAUUCUUUCUCCCGUUUACAAUGUAACCCUGUAUUUUAAGUAAGAUACUUGAGUGAACCAAAUUCAUAUAGAUGAGCAAUAGUGCAAUAGUUUCUCUUUUUUGUGGGAAAUUUCAUGAAAUUAUUUGAACCUUUAUUUCUUUAA